GAGCUGAAUUUGAGAUGGAGGGGGAGCGUAAGUGAGCGAAGGACAGAGUAAAAGUUUGUAUCACUUUCUGAUAAGUAGCUCGCUUGCACCGAGUCCGUUGUUAGCAGGGACACAAGAAGAUGGCGCAGCACCGCUGCUGUGCCACGUCUCGAUGUUCAGGGAAAAUAAGGAUAGUUUUCAGUGCCUGGUCAAUAUGUGUCUUUAUGCCAUAUGUUUUUAUUUUUCCUCUGUCUGCCGAUGCCGGACUGUACACACCUACCGAUCAAAUUCUCAUCCUGAACCCGGAUACUGUGGACUCCAAGUUAUUUAACUCCUCUUCUGCUCUGCUGGUUGAGUUUUACGCAUCUUGGUGCGGACAUUGUAUUGCGUUUUCUCCCAUAUGGAAAAGUCUGGCAAGGGAUGUCAAAGAGUGGCAGCCUGCGGUGCAAAUGGCAGCCAUAGAUUGUGCGGACGAGGCGAACACAAUGACCUGCUUCAGAUUUGGCAUCAAGGGAUACCCCACUCUGAAGUUCUUCCACGCUUACUCAAAAAAGGGCUCCAAAGGAGAGAACUUGAAAGGAUCCACACAUGACACGAGAGAUCUGCGGCGUCAGAUCAUUAACAUGAUGGAGACCCAUCAGGAGUCCUGGCCUCCUGCUUGUCCCCCUCUGGAGCCUGCCAGCAAAGCAGAGAUCGACAACUUAUUUGAAACAAGCAGCGUGGGAUACCUGGCCUUGGUGUUUGAGAAAGCCAAUUCAUACCUGGGUAGAGAGGUGACCCUGGACCUGCUCCAAUACGAGAACAUCACAGUCAGGAGGGUGCUGGACACAGAGGAGGGUCUGGUCUCCAAACUGGUUGUGACAGAGUUCCCAUCAUGCUACCUGUACCGCCCCGGUGGGAACUUCUCCAAGCUCAGCGUGCUCAUUGAAGCGCGCUCCUUCUACUCCUACGCCCUCCAGAGGCUGCCAGGGGUAAUACGGACAGGCAAAUCACUGACCUUAAUGACUGACCUCCAUAAAAACACCACGCAGCAACAGUGGAGGCCAUUCAACAGGUCUCGUGUGUACAUGGCAGACCUGGAGUCAGCCUUGCACUACUCUCUGCGUGUGGAGCUGGCAGCUCACCCUGUGAUCAGCGGAGACAACCUGAGCAGCCUCAAACGCUACAUCUCAGUGCUGGCCAAGUACUUUCCCGGGCGGCCGAUGGUGAAGAACCUGCUGCAGUCUGUGAACGCCUGGCUGACGGAGCGGGGAGACUCUGAGCUCCUCUACAGCUCUCUACAGGACAUGCUGGAUAACACAGGACAGAUUCCAGAUGCAGUCCUGCCAGAGGGGGUGAAGUGGGUGGGGUGCCAGGGGACCCAGCCACAUUUCAGGGGGUUCCCCUGCUCCAUGUGGACCCUCUUCCAUGUCCUGACUGUACAGGCCAUCAAGACUCCAGGAGCACAGCCCCUGCAGGUGCUCCAGGCCCUGAGGGCCUACGUCCACAGCUUUUUCGGCUGCCGGGCGUGCGCGUCACACUUUGAGACCAUGGCCCGGGAGGACAUGAACCGCGUUUCAGGCCUGUCGACCGCUGCUCUCUGGCUCUGGUACCGCCACAACCGCGUCAACAACAGGCUGGCAGGCGAUCUGAGUGAAGACCCCGCCUUCCCCAAGAUCCAGUGGCCUCCCCCAGAACUGUGCCCCCGCUGCCACACGGUGAAGAGAAACGGGGACCACUCCUGGAACCAGGAGGAGGUUCUCAAGUUCCUCAAGGAGUACUUCUCCUCGGAGCGCCUCCUGCAGGACUACCUGGAGGACGAGGCGGAGGCGCUGCGGCAGCAGAGGGAGAAGCUGGAGGCCAGGCGGGAGCAGGAGGCGCAGCCGCGGCCCGAGGGGAAGGAGGAGGGCGGGGCCCCGGCGGAGGAGGCGCGGGAGGGAGGAGAGGGGGAGGGGGAGGAGGAGGAGGAGGAGGAGCAGGGGGAGAACAUGGCGGAGCUGCAGCCGGCCCGGGAGGCGGAGCCGAGGAGGCCGAGGGCCGUCAUCGUGGGGCUGAAGCCGGCGCGGCCGGUGGAGGAGAUCGUGGACCUGGACUCCUUCGUCAACACGCACUACAAGGCCAAGGCCCUGAAGGCCGCCGCGCUGGCCGGGCGCCUGCAGAGACGCAGCCUGCAGAGGAAGGACGAGCCGGAGCUGCAGCCCGUGCAGCCGGAGAGGCCCCAGAGCAGGCACAGGCUGGAGGACGAGCGCGGGCCCCGGCACAAGGGCUGGGUCUCCCUGCUGAACGUGGGCUUCUCCAGCCUGGACGUCAGCCUGCUCGUGCUGCUCUACUGCGUCUCCGGCCUGUGCCUGCUGGCCAUGUACCUGUACUUCAGGCUGCGGGUGAGACUGCGCAGGGCCAAAGUGGCCCUGUCCUGAGCCCGGGGGCCAGCCCCGGCCUGGUUCCCCUUUCCCCCCUGAAGCUUGGUUUAUACGUUAGUAGCACCACCCUUUCCACGA